AUGGACCUGGCACAGCCCAAGGGGGCUGUGGGGAAGCUGCCGCCCGUUGCUCCAGACAGAGCGGUUUCAAAGGAUCCAGGCCUAGCCAGCGGCCCACCAGAGAGGGAGGAGGAUCAUCAGCAGGAUGAGGAUAAUGAUGAUGAUAUGGGAGGCAAGAACAGCGGCUGUCCCUGGGAACAGAAUCUAAGUCCGGAGUUGCAGCAAGGGUACCUCAUACUGUGCGAGUUUCUUCUGGAGAAGUAUCGUCCACUGACAGCACCUUUCCUGAAGCCACUCGCAGAUCAGUGAUCCAUCAGGAAUGAAGGAGGAGGUGCAUCGCAGUCAGGUUAUGAUAGCAGUCGCUCCUUUCAGCAGUCAUCAGCUGGAAUGUGGCUACUGAAGAUGGAAGAGAAAUUUUCCAGUGGGCAGUACACAGGGAUAACGGAUUUUGUGGCUGACUUCCGGGUGAUGCUGGAGAUGUGUUACCGGCUUCAUGGUGUGGAUCACUGGCUAUCCAAGCAGGCCCAGAAGCUAGAGGUGAUGCUGGAACAGAAGCUGGCACUGUUGUUCCGGCAUUUGAGAGCAAAAACAACAAUAGCUGUAACAUCAAGAGGGUGCUAUGGGCUGGAAGAUGAGAUGGGAAGGGCAUGCACUUCAACAAGACGUCGUUCCACACCUUGUACUUUAGUAGGCUUGAUAACAGGUGUCUUUGAGUCCAUAAUGGUUCAGGUUCUGAGACAGGAAGAACAUCUGAGAGCAAAGGAGGAAAAGAGGCUGAGAGAGCAAGAAAGAAAAGAAGCAGAAGCAGCUAGUCAGAAAGAAAUAGAAGAAUGGGAAAAGUCACUUUUAGCUCAAGCAGCACCUACAAGAAUGGAGACAAUGUGGGAAAUUCCAGCUAUUGGUCAUUUCCUCUGUUUAGCUCAACAGAUUUUAAACUUACCUGAAAUAGUGUUCUAUGAAUUGGAGCGUUGUCUUCUGAUGCCUCAAUGUAAUGCUUUUUUAUCUAAAAUAAUGACUUCUUUGUUAAGUCCUCCUCAUUGCAGAUCUACCUUGCAUCGAAAACCAAUCCUUCCUUAUGGAACCUGGGAAGCAGCACUUAGACAGAAAGUACAGCAGUGGUAUACUGUUGUAGGGCAAACUGACAACCCCAAUGGCUGUGCUGAAAAACUUGGGCUAUGUCCCCAGUUUUUUGAAGUCCUUGGAGAAGUUAAUCCUUUGGAAGAAAAAACAUUUCAUGAGCUUCCAUUCUACCAAAAAGUGGGGCUGCUAAAAGGUCUCUGUGACUUUGUUUACGAAACACAAAAAGAUGUCCAGGAUGCUGUGCUAGGUCAGCCCAUCCAUGAAUGCAGAGAAGUAAUCCUUGGUUAUGACUACUUGGAGAAUGCUUAUGUUCAUUUUCCACAGUUCUGUGGUGCAGAUGUUCGGAUUUACAGGCAAAAACCUCUUCAGGCCCCAGAAUUUCCAACUCAUGCCAUCAAAGUAAAAAAAGUACCACAGAUUAAAUUGGAAAAAGUAAAAUGUGACCCUGUAAACAAAAGCACUGGCCAACACAGAACCAGGGAAAAAUGUUAAUUACGGUGUUUGCUGUUCAGGAAAAAAAAUCACUUGGAUAGCUUUAGUGACACCUCAGAAAAAAUAAAGCUUAACUGUGAAAUAAAAUCUCAAACAGUCUAUGACAUCAAAAAAACUGGUUGUUAUAAAGAGAACUUGGUGAAAACAAUUAAUUCAGGAGAGAUUGUUGGCUUUGGAGAACUACUUAGCACAGGAGAAAUUAGGGUUGUAGAAAAUGGGGAGAACUGUGAUGAAACUUGCAUAGUAAAAACUGAGCCCCGCCUGUCAAAAGAGAAUACCCUGAAAACCUGCCAAAUGCAUGUCAAUGACAGUCACAAUGACAAUCCAGACAUGACUUGCCACAAAAUUGCUAAAGAAACAGUGUUGGAGAACUCAUUGCAAAAUAAUAAGAAACUAAAACUUACUAAAAUGCUGGCAAAAAAGAAGAAAAAGAAAAAAAAGAAAUUGAAAGAUGCUUUAAAUGAAAAUCUACAAAGAAAACUUGAUGACUUGCAAAAAAAGCAUGAGAUUCAUCCUCAUCCAUUCAAAUCUUAUAAACCUGAGAAGCAGAACAAGUUGUUCAUAAUCAAAAAGACAGGGAAACACGAUCACAAAUCUGGAAAAAAAUCCAUAUCUAAAAAAGCAAUCAAGAAGAAGAGGAAAGCUGUUGUGAAGUCUACUGUACCAGAAUUUCAGCUUAUUUGCACUAAUCUUGAUGAGCUCAGGGAAUUAAUCACAAAGACUGAGAAUGAACUCGCACAUCUGGAGGACAUGAAAAAGAAAUCGGGAAGAUGGUACCAUCGAAAGCAAGCUGUAAAGGAAUCACAUAGUACAUUGAUACGACUACUUAAUGAACUGUUACCAUGGGAAUUAAAGCUAAUGAAAGCAUUUCAAAGAAACAGGUCUCGACUGAAGAAAGACUAUGAUAACUUUCAAAGACAGCCAGACCAUGAUAAAUUUACCAGAGAAUUAUGGAGUAAUGACAAAAGUGAGGGUGAUGCUGGCAAAGAGUCUUUUGAAGUAGUAACCAGUAAAUCUUCAGAGUCUGUAGAACAUGAGGAUGUUUCCAAAAAAGAUCAUCUAGACUUUGAUGAAAUGAAACUUUUAGAGAUGGUUUUACCUACAGGAAAAAAGAGACUUCUGAAAAGAGAUUGGACUUCUAAAGAAAUACAUAAGACGGUGCCCAAAUCUGUUAAAUGACACUCUGAGCAGAACAGUUGUCUGGAUGAUAGCACAAAUGAGCUUUCACUGAGAAAGAAAGCUAAGUUGAGCACUACUGAGGCUAUAGUCCAGAGUUCAGAAAGUGGUAUGCAGACAGCCAGUUGUUUGACUGAGCUGAAACAAUAUGAACAACCAACUCCAGAAUCAUUUUUCUUGUCAGAUCCUGCAAUAUCAGUAUCAAACUUUCUGAAAGGGACCAAACCCAUCCAGGCCUUGCUUGCCAAGAGUAUUGGAAACAAAGUGACAUUAACAAAUCGACUGCCACCUCCCCUAGGCAUAAAUGUAUCUAUUUCUGAAAAAACAGUUAUAUCACCUAUGGAAUCACUGCCAAUAAAACCAGCACUGCCUUGCCAGACCUGUUCAAAAAGUCCUUUGCAAACAGCAUACAAAAUCCCAGGUAGCCAUUAUGUAUCAAGAGACCUUCACGACAGCUCAAUGAAAAUUCAAAUGCAAGCUGUGAUUGACCCUAAAACUGGAGAAAAAGUCAUGCAACAAGUCAUGCAACCUAAGAAUUUUCUUAUUCAGCAGAAUGAAGGAAAAACCAUAUCGAAGAACAUUCAGUCAUGGCAACAAAAGUCUCCUGAACUGCACUGUACAACCUUCUCACAAGCAGCAAUUGUCAAUGUUUCUUUAACACCUGUCAUGGUAACACCAGCUGCACAUGCUACCAAUACGCUGCCUAGUACAAUUUUUAACAAGCAUAUUACAUAUUUGUCACAGAUAACUAGUCCUGUGAACAGACUGCAAUCAUUGCCUUCUAUAAACACUUCAAGUAACUUAUUAUCAUCAACAAUUACAAUGAGCCACAGCGAAACUGACAAAACCAAGCCUAUAGUUUCAGCUGCCCCAUUUCCUAUAUCUUUGGCUUUACCCACUGUUUCUACAGGUAGUCAGCCUUUUACAUCAGCAACAACAUUAAGUGGCUCUACAAAUACUACUUCUUCCUUUCAUAGUCUCACAUCACAGAAGACCAGUGACUCCUUUGAAGCUAAGCAAGAACUAAAAACAGUGUGUAUAAGAGAAUCACAGGCUAUUCUCAUCACAACACGAGGUGGGAACACAGGAAUUGUUAAAGUACAGACAAACCCAGACCAGACUGCAACUAAUAGUUUAUCUCCUAAUUCCGCUUUUGCUUAUGCACCUCAACUUAAGGCAUUUUUGGUGCCAAAAUCCACAACAUUAUCAACCUCUACUCUUUCAUCUAUAACAACAGCCACAUCUGAUUUUCCAGUUUUUGGACAAGCAUCUGUUUCUGUGUUUGCCACCUCAGCAGCUGCUUCUUUCAACAUUCCAUCUUUUCCUGCUGGCUUAAAUCAGAUAAUGGGGGAAAAUUUCAAAUGUAUGUUAGGGCAGCUUCCUAAUGGGGGCAUUUUGAAUCAAACAGAGGAAACCUGUCAUGUAUCCUCUCCUACUUUCUUGGCCCCCCUUUCCUCAACUAGCACUUUGAUGUCAGCAAUUCCAAGCAGUCCUGUUAAUGCAAUUAAAGUUGGACAGGAUAACACUGGCAUUACUCCAAAUUCUUCAAUGCAGCAACAAGGUGAUACUAAAGCUAAAAAACAUCCCCUUAUACAAUCUGAGAUUAGUACAGCAACAAAUGGUGAUGUAAUCCGUGGUACUCCAAUUCAAAAAGUUGUGUUAGUCAAAAAUCCACCUAUUUUGUCUCCAUGUGGGGCUAUGUGAGUCAGUAUUAUACCUUCUCUAACUUCCACUGGUGUAAGUGCUCAGAAAUUAGUUUUCAUUAAUACUCCACUUCCUAGUGGUGCAUCAAACAUUAAUCUAGGUGUGGAGUCAUCAAAACAGAUCCUCCCUUCUUCCCUGAACAAAACAUUUGUUAGUUCCACAGAGCAGCCACAAUUGGUUUUGAUCCCAUCUACAGUAGAGGUACCAAUAAAAAAAAGAACAUCACCUAAUGUGGCUCAAGUAAAAGAUGUGAAAAUUGGACUAAACAUAGGGCACGCCUUUGGAAAUACCAAAGGCAAUGAACAACAAACUCCACCAAUUAAUAUAUUGCAGUCUGUCAAUUCUAAGGGAGAAGAAAAAAAGAAUGUCUACAACUUCACCCUCUGUAACAAGCCAGGCAGGAGAUCAAUUGAAUGA